AGCAGGGAUCGCACUGCACUAUUGGAUUACCCUCAUCCAUCACAGAAGGAAUAAUUUGUCUACAGAGCGGCGCAAAGCCCCACAGACCACAGCAGCAUGGGGAGCAGCAUGUCAUGUGUCCCCCAGCACAACUUCAGGUUCUCCAGCAAAAGUUUCAUACGCAGAAACAGCAGCCGCCUGUUUCGCAAAAAAAAUCCCCAGGAGGGACAGGAGAAGUCCAACAGCAUCAUCAAUAUCCUGUGCACUGUCACCCCCAGGAAGGAAAUGUCUCCUAAAGAUCUGCAGACAAUAGAGAACAUAAAAUGGGAUCCUCCGUUUCCUUAUGACCCGGCCAGUGGCUGGAAGAAAAGCAGCAUCAAUGUGAAGAAUUACGGACGGAUGAUUCACAGCUCCAAAGUUCGUUUUCGCUUCCUCCACUGCCAGGACGUACAUGAUUGCUACCUGGAUCUCUUCCAGACACACCUUCAUUUUGUCUCCAACAACACAACUGGACUGACAUACCAGGGAACUCUGCCUUUGAAAGAACUCACCAUCUGUAACCUGCAACAGAACUGCAACCACAGUCAACCCCAGGAAUUCGCCUUUCAAAUAAACGGUGUCAGCCUUAACCCCAUCAUCGUCUACUGUGCCAACCAAGAAGAGAUGGACCUGUGGUUUGGCCUGCUCAAAGAAAACAUUGAAGCAAAUGGAGGCACCGCAACUGCACCCGAAAACUACACCAGAGUGAAACUAAACCAGGAUGAGGCUCCCGAGGGCAGAGAGGAGCUGAGGAACUCCAUCAACAGAGAGCCCAUCUAUGAGUGGGAGGGCUCUCAGCGAGACAGCCUGGGCCCCAUCACCUAUGUCACUAAAGUCCGACUGCAGCACCUGCCCUGUCAGGAACAGAAUGACAGACUACUGGUGAUGUACCCAGCGACACUGAUCAUCCUGUCAGAGGAGAACGACGGGCUCUUCUAUAAGGGGAAGCUGCCACUCAACAUGAUUACUGUGACCACACCCUGCCAAGACGUCAAGCCAAACACCUUUAUGAUUGAAGGGAAGCUGAUCAACCCCAUAGUGGUGUCGUGUCUGGAUAGGACCGCGUUCUGCGACUGGAUCCAGCAUUUCAAAGCUGCUGACGUGCCCGUUCUCAGCCCCCCGCCCCCUGUAUAUGACAUCAUCUACACCCCGACGCAAAGAGAGGCUCCACAGUUUGACAGGUGGAGUGGACACAGCCAAGGACGAAGUGAGUCCCUAAAGUUCAGCCAGUCACAGAGUGGACGUGGGUCCUACAACCUUCAGUUACCCAUUCACGAAGACAACCCUCUCUCCCCAGGAUACUCUGAGCCCCUCUGUUACAGCUCAAGCCGUCCCUCCUCUAUUGAGACUGCCCGCCUGGGCAGCAGGACCAAUAGCGUGUCUUCCCACACCAGGCCAGAGCGCGACCUACGACCUUUGUCGCUGCGCUACUCCUCACCCCAGCGCAGCUCCUACCUCCAGCCAGCCGAGAGCUCGGCGCUGUCUCAGGUCUACAGCACCCCCUACUCUGCCCUGCAUCGCGCCAGCCCACAGUGGCUGGAGAAAGCCCCGCUUGUCAAGUCUAACAGCUGGAGCACACCUCAGACAUCCCUGAACUACUCCCUGAACGCCCCCCAACGCCACUCAGACAUGUGCACCACACGACAACCCUUGUCACCCCUGUACGAUGAGCCCUGCAGCCCCGAAAUCUACUCCCUCGAUGAGGCCGGGUCGCUGCAGCAGAACUGGCAAGAGCCAAUUCAGCACCAGCACCACCACCACCACCACCACGAGCAGGCCCCCCAGCUCCUACCCUCCUCCUUCCAGCUCCGUACCCCUCCCAUGGGCAGGCGCUGCAGGAGAAGCCUGGUUCGGACCAACUCCCAGGGACAGGCUUUUGGCCUGGAGAUGGAAAGUCCUCAAAGCCAAGCAGAGCAGAGAGCCGAGGCUGUUUCUAGGCUAAAGCUGCUGCCUGCGCCCGGCCAAGUGCAAGAGCAGAUACUUCUCCCACUGAGCUCUGCGAGCAGCACAUCUCAGAUGCCUUACGGUUACUCACCAGAUCACCACUCGUACCUCGAACCCACAGAACCAGAUGACCAGGAAAUGGACUAUGACAACAUUUGGGAGUAUGACUGUGACACUGGAAUGAUUCAGCCAACGUCUGGAAUUUCGACACACUGGACAGGAUUAGACUUUGGGGCCAGAGGCCUUGGUGCCAUGGCAACCCAGCAGAGAUGGUCAUAAAACAAAACAAUAGCCCGGCCGCUCGUCUGGACGUGUGCAAACAACAGAUCUCUAUCAGAGGGAUACUAAAAGCUAACUAGCACAGCCUGUGUUACUGCUGCUGCGUACAGUGUGAACAAACAGAUCCCACGAACUGCAUUGUUAGAUGCUGGUUAGUCAAGCUGCAGCAUGAUAAGUCCAAGUAUGAAGAGCAGUGGGCUAAAUCCAAACAUUAUGAAAGUGAUAAGUGUCUGAUAUGUAGCAUUCGAGAGAGAGAGAGAGAGAGAGAGAUCAGCACAGUGUACAUACUGUGUAGCUUUAACAUUAUUUUUUAUUUUAUAUGUAUUUCAUAAUUGCACAAAAUGUUUCACAAGUAGUGCAAGAACCUCCAGUUUUUUUAAUAUAUAAACUAUUUUCUAACAUGGUGUCCAGUUUAAUUAUUGUUAUACUUUUCUUUUUGUUUCUAGUUAAAGCUAUAAAAAGCAUUCCAUCAGGGCUUGUUAUAGUAAAGGAUGUAUAUUUUUGUAAAUGUUGUACAUGUAUAAUUUUAUUGUGCUACAUGGUCAAGGCAAAUAGAUGUGGAUUUAAUUGACUGCCUCCAAGGUGCUAAUGUUACUAUCAUUACAGCAGAGUAAUGAUGUCUGUGUGGCUUCACUUUUUUUCCAUUUUUGUUUGUGGUGUUUAUUUAUAUUUGGAAAUAAAAGUAGCAAUAUCAACACUU